AUGGCUGCAUCUUUUCACCAUUUCCUUCUAACUCUGGCCUUUCUGGAUACAUACGCAUCUCAGCCUUUCUGUGUGCCAGGAUGUGCCUGCUCAGAGGAGAGUUCCGGCAGGACCCUGCUGUGCAUGUCCACCUCUUUGGAAAAAAUACCAGGCACCGUUUCUGAAGGGUUCAAGCAAGUGCGAAUUGAAAAGUCACCCUUAUUUGAACUCUCCCGAGACUCUUUCACCAACAUGAGCACCGUGAAAUACCUUUGGCUCAACUUUAACAACCUUACUGUAAUCCAUCUAGGAGCCCUGGACCACUUACAGGAACUGAGAGAGCUGAGACUGGAGGGGAGCAAACUCCGGUCAGUACCGUGGACAGCGUUCCGCGCCACCCCUGUCCUGAGAGUACUGGAUCUGAAACACAAUAGGAUCGAUGUACUUCCGGAGCAGGCUCUCCAGUUUCUGGUCAACCUGACCUACCUUGACCUGUCCUCCAAUAGGCUGACUGUUGUAUCCAGCAGUGUCUUUGUGAACUGGCUGACCUACCAGAAACGUCGGCAGCCUGCAUUUGGGGCUGAGAUUUUCUCCGGCAUGGUGCUGGCGCUGCACAACAACGCCUGGGAAUGUGACUGUCGCCUAAGGGGACUUGUCCAGUUUGUCAAGUCUAUUAGCCUCCCAGUCAUCCUGGUGAACUCCUACCUGAUAUGCCAGGGCCCUUUCUCCAAGGCAGGGCAGCUUUUUCAUGAGACUGAGCCCAGUGUUUGCAUGAAGCCAAAGAUCUCAACCCCCAGUGCCAGCUUCACCGUCCAGGCAAGAUAGAAUGUGACUCUAAGGUGCUUGGCCCAGGCCAGCCCCUCACCAACAAUUACAUGGUCUUAUCCCCUGAGCAUGUGGAGAGAAUUUGAUGUGUUGACCUCGACCACUGUGGAAGAUGCUGCCCUGUCCGAGCUGGUCAUCCCAGCCGUGCACCUGGUGGACAGCGGCAACUACACCUGCGUGACCACCAACGCUGUGGGCUGCAGGGUCCUCGCCAUCCCCCUGCACGUCCACCCAACCCUGGCCCAGCCCGCGGCCUCGGCUCCUUCCACCUCCCACGUGGUUCUGCGCGUGGCCAAGCACACAGCGCGUGGAGUCUUGCUGGAGUGGCUCACGGUGACCCGCACCCCCGAGGUCAUGCUCCACAUCGCUUCAGAUGAGCCCGGCCGGAAGGAGGUGGUACACCUCGGCCCCGGAAUCCACUCCUAUGUGGUGGACGACCUCCUCCCUGGCACCAAGUACGAAGUGUGCCUCAGCCCAGGCACCCAGCACACUCGCCGAGGCCCAUGUGUGAUCUUUGUGACCGGCAGGGACGGCGGUGGGUUGGAGGGCCAUGAGCGCCUGCUGCACACCACAGUGGUGCUGUGUGCAGUGCUGCUGGUCAUGUCCGUGGGCGCCUAUGUGUGGGCGGCCCAGGGGGGCUGCAGCUGCCCUAAGUGCUGCUGUCCACCCAGGAGACCCCCCAGGUAUCCCCAGGCAGGGCCACUGUGCAAAGACAGGUCCUUUAGAGACCACACAGCUGUCUGUGAGGACGGCCAGGGACACAGGGACCUGCAGGGGGAUGAGGAAGACAGCAGCUAA